UGGAGGGAUAUCUCAACGUUACAGGAAUAAAUAUACCCAAUGAAAUGAUGACGUCUGUGACCGUAAGCAUGCACAUGCAGGAAAAUGUGUUGCUGGUGGUUUCACGUAGGUACACACUACUGAUCGCUUCAAGAGAUAACAUGAAAUUAGCGUCAAGUCCUAGUCCUUCUAGAUAUGGCUUUACAGUCGUCACCAUCAACUCGACGUCAGCGUUGUUGUUUGGAGGUUGUAAUGAACAUAACGUAUUUAAUGAUCUUUGGCAAUUUUCUCUUACAAAUACAAAUUGGACGAAAUUGAAAAUGAUCGAGAGCAGUGGGUCCGGAGUAGGAAACAUGAAUAACGACUUUGCAGGGAGCGUCCCCUCACCUCGAUGUGGUCAUGCUGCUGCAAUUAUGGAAGGCGACAUGUUUGUUUUUGGUGGAUACGACAUCCAUUUUAAUUUGAACUUAGAAUUAUGGAAAUAUGACAUGAUUAACAAUUCGUGGAGAUAUUUAGAACCAGCCAACAAACUUCCACAUCUUAAUUCUAUCGAUGAUAUUUGCUAUUUUGCGGCGACUGCUCAAAGUAAAACGCUUUGGAUUGCAUCUAGGUGUCCUUUGUCUAUUGCAAACAGGCAUUUUAAUUUUGAUGGAGAUUUCCAUUUGUGGAUGUUUAUUGUUCACUUGCAGACUUGGAAUUUCGUCACACUUGAAAAACUAAAAGAUAUGCCGCACAAGUCUCUCUCUUCAUCUUUGCAUUUCCGAGGAGGAUAUCUUAUAAGUUUAGAACCUUCUAGUUUACUUUACAUAAAAGCGGGAUGUCCAGAAGGACUAGGGUCGAGCAACAUUUCUCGUUUUCCGUGCGACGUCUGCAAAAUAGGCUUUUACUCUGAUAUAAAGACGACCGAUUGCCGCAAAUGUCCAAACGGAACGACGACGAGAAGUGAGCGAUCAUCGAGGUUGACCGCCUGCAACGUUUGUGUCACAGGUACCUGCCGUCAUGGGAGAUGUCUGGUGAUGAGCAACACGUUAACGCAAGUUCCCGUAUGUAUAUGUACGAUCGGCUUCACUGGUUCUCACUGUCAAGACGCAACUUAUUAUUACAUUGGAACGGGAGUUAUUAUUGUUAUAGGUAUUAUUACUGUACUCGUAGUUGUAUUACGGCGCAUCAUCAAGAAACGAAAAGAACGAGAAAUGGCUUUCUGUCGUCACAUAGAAAUUUUGAAUGAUGCGUGGCAGAUCAGUUGGCAAGAAAUAGAACUGCUGGACGAAAUAGGAGGAGGAGCUUCGGGAAGAGUGUGGAAAGCGCAAUACCGUAACAUAGACGUUGCUGUAAAAAUGCUGAUUGACAAUGACGAAACACAAUCGUCAUUGGAAUUUGCAGGUGAAAUUAAAUUUAUGCAAACAAUGCGUCAUCGAAAUAUUGUACUUUUCAUCGGUGCCGGUAAAACGAGUCCACAAGCACGACCGUUUCUCGUCGUCGAGUUUGCGCAUCGAGGUUCAUUACGUCACGUACUGGAUGACGUUAGUAUUGAAAUCAAUCAAAAUCGUAAAAUAGAUUUUGCUCUAGACGCUUCGAAAGGAAUGAAAUUUCUUCACAAAUUGAACCCGCCAAGAAUUCAUCGAGAUCUGAAAAGUGAGAAUUUACUCGUUUGCAAAAGUUGGAUUGUCAAAGUGGCUGAUUUUGGUCUUGGAAGACUCUUUGGUGGUGCACACAAAAACCGACUAUCAAAGCGAAACAAUUCAGUCAGCAGAAAUGAUUCUGAAAAUGAACUUCUAGUUGAGAUGACAGAUUUGUCUGAAAAUAGCAUUGGGACAGUGAGAUGGAGUGCACCAGAGUUAGCACGACGAGAGAUCUACGAUGAAUCCAUCGAUGUCUACAGUUUUGGAAUUGUGCUUUGGGAGAUUUGGUCACGUGGCUUUCCUUUCCAGCAGUAUCGGUUUGCUCACCAAGUCGACGACGCCGUGGAAAGAGGCGAGCGUCCCGUCGUUCCAGACGAUUGCCUUGAUGAGUAUGCAACAGUAAUGCAAGCCUGUUGGGCAGAAAGAGCUCGGAAACGACCGUCGUUUAGCGAAGUUGUCAGCUGUUUGGAAAACAUUCAUGUGGAAGAUGCAUGUUAGAGUGUCUAUAUCACUGUUCUGAUUUUUGGCCAAUUGCUGCUGCUAGUGUAGUGACGAUUAAGUUCUUGCUACUAUCCAGAGGUAGAGAAGAUUAGACUGCUAUAGCAUACGAUAUUGGAAUUGGGAGUGAUAGUCGUAAAAUUAUUUUUCACUCUAAUAGAAUGCAGUUCUUUAGCAAUAUAUACACGUUAUU